AUGGAUGUUCAAGAUGUUGAACAUCUUAUCGCCCUCCUUACUGAAGUCAACCCCCAAAAUGAACUUCCACGCCGAGCGAAAAUUCCCCUUGAAGAUCCCUUUCAUGACCGGCUUCGUAAUGUCCUAGAUGCCAUUGCCAGUGUCCUCAUCUCACAGCCAAAAGGGGAAGUAAUAGCAGUUGGGAUGCAGAGUCAACAAAAUGGCUCAGAAAAGGGAAUAAUUCUGACUCUUGCUUCCAAUACAGGCAUCAACAACAAGACUCUUGAACACGCCCGUGAGCUUAUUUCUGACCUGAAGGCACUUGGGGAUGACUUCGCCGAGCAUCGAAAAAUUGUGGAACAGGAGACUCAAAUCAGUCAGAUCAAAUCUCAGCAAUCAGAACUCAGCAGAGCAGAAUCCCCUGAGAUUGAUGAGUCAAAGUUCUCCUCCCAUCUCAGACAGAAAGUACAUGACUUUCGUGCAAAAGUAUUCUUAUUUGCUCUUCCAAAAAUCUAUCAGAGACUUCAUAAGCGAUACCAACCCACCAGAUCCUCUCGAGGGUUUGCAUUUGUCAACCUCACUAAUCGGCUGGAUGUUCAUAGCAAUGACAGUGCCAAGAUCUUGUGGGAUGCCUCUCGGGUUAUAAACUGGAUGUUUUAUAGUUUGCCAAACAAUUCUGAGUCAUUUCCUGAUCAUAAGACUCACCUUUUGAUCAAAGGCCUCCGUGGCCUCGCAGAGCUGGUUCGACAGUUAUUUCAAAUGGAGACAUGGUUGUCUGACUUUUCUAAGAUACCGUCCGAAAUACGUCCGCAGGGUGCUACAUCACUUCUCAGUGAUAUUUCAAAGGACGUUGAAAAGAUCCCAGGAUUUCAGCUUCAAACAUCUUUCCCCGGAAACACUGUCCAAGGCAAGAUUCAUUGUGAAUGCAAGCUUGCACUCCAUCUAGUUGAAACUAGUUGUUCAGGGCUCUCAGCAUUGCCAUAUAUUGGAGUGUCAAAACUUUCUUGCCUUGCCUGCUGGGAGUUUUUGAGUUCCCUACGCAAGAUAGAUCACAUAUUCUAUGUGAAGGGGUCUCAUUCUAAGGCAUAUUUUCCAUGGAAGUUUCCUGAGGUUGAGAUGGGUAACGCGCGAUUACGACAGGAAGAGAGAGACCAAAUAUUAAAUUACCUCUAUUCAAGUCUGGCUGAUACAUACAAAAGGCGUUUGGAAGCUGAGGAGUGGUUGCGAAAAAUGUCGGAUAGCACAGUUGGCUCCGAUGACGGUAUCCCGUACAAAGAUCUGUCCUUUGACGAAUUCGAUAUGCCGAGAAUUUCGCGCCGCCGCUAG